CCAUCAUCCAUCGCCAUCCUCUUUGCCCAACCAACCCCUGCGCAUCCGCCUUUGCCAGCGCUGCGCCACCUCCACCAACUUCUUUUCCUACCUAUUCUCUCCGCACCACGGCCUGAGCUGCUGUUGCUGCCGCCACCAUGGGUGCUAAUCAGUCGAACAUGGGCGGACCGCCCGGCGGCGACAAAGACAAGAAGGACCAGAAGAAGGACAAGCCCAAGUACGAGCCGCCGCCGCAGCCCACGACGCGCAUCGGCCGUAAGAAGAAGAAGGCCGCGGGCCCGAAUGCCGCCGCCAAGCUGCCCACCGUCUACCCGACGGCCCGCUGCAAGUUGAGGUACCUCCGCAUGCAACGCGUGCACGACCACCUGCUGCUGGAGGAGGAGUACGUCGAGAACCAGGAGCAGAUCCGCAAGGCCAAGGCCGCAGCCGAGAAGACGGGCCCCGCCACGGCGGGCGGCGAUGCCGACGCCCUCGACAGGAAUGCGGAUGAGAGGAGUAGAGUGGAUGACAUGCGAGGAAGCCCGAUGGGGGUUGGCAACCUGGAGGAGCUUAUCGACGACGACCACGCCAUCGUUUCCUCGGCCACCGGCCCCGAGUACUACGUCUCAAUCAUGAGUUUCGUCGACAAGGACCUGCUCGAACCCGGCGCGUCCAUCCUCUUGCAUCACAAGUCGGUGUCGGUCGUCGGUGUUUUGACGGACGACACGGACCCGUCCGUCUCCGUUAUGAAACUGGACAAGGCGCCUACGGAGUCGUACGCGGAUAUCGGUGGAUUGGAGUCACAGAUUCAGGAGGUCAGAGAAGCAGUGGAGCUGCCGCUGCUGCAUCCGGAGCUGUACGAAGAGAUGGGUAUCAAGCCGCCAAAGGGCGUCAUUCUCUACGGUAGCCCCGGUACCGGCAAGACGCUGCUAGCCAAGGCGGUCGCCAACUCGACAAGCGCGACGUUCCUGCGCAUUGUCGGCUCGGAGCUGAUCCAGAAGUACCUGGGUGACGGCCCCAGGCUGGUGCGCCAGCUGUUCCAGGUUGCGGCCGAGAACGCGCCGUCGAUUGUCUUCAUUGACGAGAUUGACGCCAUCGGCACGAAGCGGUACGAGUCGACGUCGGGCGGCGAGCGCGAGAUCCAGCGCACGAUGCUGGAGCUGCUGAACCAGCUCGACGGGUUCGACGACCGCGGCGACGUCAAGGUCGUCAUGGCCACCAACAAGAUCGACACGCUCGACCCCGCGCUCAUCCGGCCAGGUCGUAUCGACCGGAAGAUUCUGUUCGAGAACCCGGACCAAAACACAAAGAAGAAGAUCUUCACGCUGCACACGUCCAAGAUGUCGCUAGCCGAGGACGUGGACCUGGACGAGUUCAUCAACCAAAAGGACGACCUCUCGGGCGCCGACAUCAAGGCCAUCUGCUCCGAGGCGGGCCUGAUGGCGCUGCGCGAACGCCGCAUGCGCGUCCAGAUGGCCGACUUCCGCACUGCGCGCGAGCGCGUGCUCAAGACGAAGAGCGAGGGCGAGCCCGAGGGGCUGUACCUUUAAGCGUGGAUGGGGGAUGGAGAUUUGGGGGCGAGGACUGCUGCUGCUGCUGCGUAGGUGCGAGUAAUGACAGGGCGCUCUGUGCGCGUCUGAUGAUGUGUGUG